AUGGCACUCAAAUCUGUUGGGUUGCUAAACAAGGGUAUAUUUGGCCGUGUUCCAAAAGUAGCGGUCACAAGUGGAGCUCUUCAACAAACACGAAAUAGUUAUAAAUACAUUGGAGCGGUUGAAGAAACAGAUGGAAGCUUUCGUGGGGACCUCAAUCUUGGAUUUCAUACUCUUUUCUUUACAGAAUUGUUCCGAGGCUUCGGUGUUAUGCUUGGUCACGUCUUCAUGGAACCCGCAACUAUUAACUAUCCUUUCGAGAAAGGUCCUAUUAGCUCUCGAUUCAGAGGAGAACACGCUCUUCGGCGUUAUCCCUCUGGUGAAGAACGAUGCAUUGCUUGCAAGCUGUGCGAGGCUAUUUGCCCUGCACAGGCAAUAACCAUCGAGGCCGAAACACGUCCCGAUGGCAGUAGACGCACCACUCGUUACGAUAUCGAUAUGACAAAGUGCAUCUACUGCGGUCUUUGUCAAGAGGCAUGCCCGGUUGACGCAAUCGUUGAAGGCCCAAAUUUCGAAUAUUCAACGGAAACUCACCAAGAAUUGCUCUACAAUAAGGAAAAGCUGCUAUUCAAUGGUGAUCGCUGGGAACCAGAGCUUGCUGCUAACGUUCAAGCAGAAUAUUUGUAUCGAUAA